CUUCUCCGCGUCAAUCCCGUCAAUCCCUCCGCGUCUUCAAUUUCCCACUUCCCCUCCUUUUGCACUCACAAGUUACAACCCCCUCCGCAUUUUGAUUGUUUGUCUUCAGGUCACGCCGUGGGCGAUCGCAAUCAUGGAGUUCAUCACCAGACAUCUCGAUUGCCUGUCCAACUGGCACCUUCAUCUGCAGCCGGGAUGGCAGACUGUCGGCGCCUCCCUGCUUCUGGGUGCUGGGAGCUUGUACCUCGUCUCCCGCGCCUUGCUCCUCGUUCGGGUCUUGUUGAGCUUGUUCGUGCUCCCUGGCAAGCCGCUCCGCUCCUUCGGCCCCAAGGGUAGCUGGGCCGUGGUGACCGGCGCCUCGGACGGACUGGGCAAGGAGUUCGCCCUGCAACUGGCCCGCGCCGACUUCAACCUCGUCCUCGUGUCCCGGACCGCCUCCAAGCUCGACGCCCUCCGCGACGAACUCCAGUCGAAGUACCCCGCCGUGCAGACGCGGACCCUGGCGAUGGACUUUGCCCGCAACCAGGACAGCGACUACGACCAACUCAGAGCGAUUGUGGCGGAGCUGGACGUGGCGGUGCUGGUCAACAACGUCGGCAAGAGCCACAACAUCCCGACCCCCUUCGCGCUGACCCCGGAGGACGAGCUGGCCGACAUCGUGACCAUCAACUGCAUGGGGACCCUGCGGGCGACCCAGCUGGUCGUGCCGGGCAUGAUCCAGCGGAAGCGCGGGCUGGUUCUGACCAUGGGCUCCUUCGGCGGCCUGCUCCCGACCCCGCUCCUGGCCACCUACUCCGGCAGCAAGGCCUUCCUGCAGCAGUGGUCGACCUCGCUGGGCGCCGAGCUCGAGCCCCACGGCAUCACCGUCGAGCUGGUCCAGGCCUACUUGAUCACCUCGGCCAUGUCGAAGAUCCGCCGCACCAGCGCCACGAUCCCCGACCCGCGCUCGUUCGUCAAGGCGGUGCUCUCCAAGAUCGGCCGCAACGGCGGCUCCCCCAGCUACGCGUACAGCUCCUCGCCCUACUGGAGCCACGGCCUGAUGGCCUACUUGUUGACUUGCAUCACCGGCACCAUGGGCAAGUUCGUGGUGGGCCAGAACAAGGGGAUGCACGAGGCGAUCCGCAAGCGCGCGCUGCGCAAGGCCGAGCGGGAGAAGGGGAAGAAGAGCACCUAGUCGGUGGGGGAGGGGGGAUCCUUUCUAUUCUUAGAGCCGAUCCCGCACGACCACGUGGGAGUGACUCAGGG